CGCUUCCAAACUCGCGGAGCGCAAACUCUCCAAAGAGUUUGCAGCUACCGCUUCAGGACUCCGCCGAGUUUGAAGCACGAGAGAAAAAGUUUCUCAGAGAAACCAGAGUGCGGGGAGCGCGUCCGGAAUGGCGAAGAGGCGGAAUGAUCCUCCAGCCGGACAGCACAUGUGAGCCAAAAGACCACCGGUAACGCUUUUUUUGAUCACUUCAGAGGAGACGGUCAAAGGGCAGUGAGGAGACGAGCCAGGGUGAAAGAGAAAUAAAAGUCAUCCGAGAGCUGUCUGUCACGCGUGUCUUGUCACCUCGACACGAUGGUCUUUCCGCCGGGAAUCAGCUGGCUCUUCCUGAGCGCUCUCCUGCAAACUGUGGCACCCUGGGGCGCAGACAGCCCGAGCAGACCGAGACAGUGCGACCCACCAAAGUCGCAAAGUGACAUGAACUCUUUCCUGUGGAGAGUAAAGCGUGCAGCUCCGCAUCCGCCUUCUUACUUGUUCGGUACCAUCCACGUGCCCUACACCCGAGUCUGGGAUUUCAUCCCCGACAGCUCAAAGCAGGCAUUCCACAGCAGCAAUAAUAUUUUCUUUGAGCUGGACCUGACUGACCCGUUGACCAUCUCCAAACUGACCAGCUGCCAGCUGCUUCCCCACGGAGAGAACCUGCAGACCCUGUUACCUCGAGACCUGUACCGCCGCCUCAAACGCCACCUGGACUAUGUCAAACACAUGAUGCCUUACUGGAUGACUGCCGACCAGCGAGGUCGUGGCCUGUACGCUGACUACCUGUUCAAUGCCAUUGCCGGGAACUGGGAGAGGAAGAGACCUGUGUGGGUGAUGCUGAUGGUCAAUUCGCUGACAGAAUGGGACGUCCGCUCCAGAGGGACACCGGUGCUGGACCUGUUCUUGGCACAAGAGGCUGAGAGAGUGGGAAAGACGACAGGGGCAGUGGAAAGAGUGGAGGAACAGUGUCACCCCCUCAAUGGCCUCAACUUCUCUCAGGUGCUGUUUGCUUUGAACCAGACGCUGCUGCAGCACGAGGGCGUCAGAGCAGGCAGCCUGCAGGGCUCCUACACUACCGAGGACCUCAUCAAACACUACAACUGCGGAGACCUCAGCUCCAUCAUCUUCAACCACGACACCUCACAGCUGCCUCACUUCAUCAACAGUUCUCUGCCCGCCCACGACCGCACGACGGCCCAGCAGAUUGACAGCUACUUCCGCCAGGAGCUCAUCUACAAGCGCAACGAGCGGAUGGCUCGACGCGUGUCUGCCCUUCUGCAGAGAAAUCCCAACCAGACUUUCUUUUUUGCUUUCGGUGCAGGACACUUUCUGGGGAACCACAGUGUGCUGGACAUUCUGAAGCAGGACGGCUACGAGAUCAUCCACAUGCCCUCUGACCAUCAAGAGCCAGUCACCGAGAGCAAAGCGGAUCGGGAGACACCUGCAGCAGAGAGCAGCGAGGAGAGCACUGACACCAGCACACCGUCUCCCACCGGCUGGCCGACUAGCCUGGAGACGGAGCUGGAGCUGGAGGACCCGGACGACUUUCUGGGCCUCGGAGACGAGGACCUGCCUCACAUGCUGCUCCCCGACAGUCUGAGCCAGCUGGAGGAAUUUGGACGACACAAACGGCCUCGCAAGGCUCACCGCGGCAACGGGAGACCCCGACUAUUCAGUGACCUGUGGGUUCGCAUCGGGGAUAGCACCACCCCACCACCGAAUGUCAGGAUAAUCAACAGCUACGUGACAGUGGAGCCUCCACUGACCCACCAAGAGCAGCGCAGGCGGCUGGAUAUCCACGCGACAGCGCAGCGCCCCAGCUCUCCUUCCUCCACUCCGCUGAGCCCGACAUCAGCCCAGCCAGCUUUAGUCCACAGCGCGCUCACACUGUCUUGUAUCUUAGCCUGGCUUUUGUCACAUGUCCUGUUCACCUCCUGACCGUUAGACAGCGUUAUCUCACAGACAAACACUUAAGACCACUGCAUCCAUACCAGAGCGGUGGAAAGUACCUGAUAAAAAACAAACCAGCAAUGACCAUCAGCACACGCAGCCGAGAAGCGGAGGAACAUUUCAGUCAGGACAAGACGUCCUCAGGAGGGACAGUCCUGCUGUCAGCCUCCACCACAUGGAGGGAUCAGGGACAGCUGGCCGGAACGCUUUAAAAACUCAAGUUUCACAAUGUCAGAAAUAAGCUUCUAGCCAAGACUGUGUCGGAGUCUGAACCUCAUGAAAGUAUUAAGAUAGAAUAACAAACACGUAGGUGGAGAAGAAUUGUAAUUUUGAAGAGUUGGACUCUUCUACCUAAUGAAAACCUUAAUACUGUAUAGGAAAAUAAGACUGACCUUAAUAAUGAGAAUAGAACAUACUAAUCAUAACUCAGUGAUAAAUGAGUUGAAGGCAUACAGGACUGUGUAUGAGGAGAGAGCACGCAGUUGCCACUUUGUAAAUUGUGCAUUUUGUUCAUAAAGAAAUAUUGUAUAUUUAUUAUUUCUGGAAGAAAAGAGUAUAUUUUCUUGCUUUCUGAAGAUUAAAGAAAAAAUGAACUUUAAAA